GUUUGAUCAAUUCUUUGGCUUGAUUUUUCGCCUUGCGGGCAAAAAGGCUUCUUAGUUGCAAAAUAACAACUUUUUUUUGUGUUUUUUGCAGGUUUACGGCUAUUGCUUCGUCACAACGUAAAUUAGUAAAUUAUCUAAAAUAUUGAUUGCAAUGGAUGCAGAUCUGUAUGAUGAAUUUGGGAAUUAUAUUGGCCCCCAACUUGAUACAGACUCGGAAGAAGAGGAAGACAACUAUGACAGGCAAGAACCAGAAGCAAUUGAAUAUAAUGAGGAAGAUGCUAUGGAUGAGGGACGUGAUGAAGAUGAGGCACCCCAAAUGCAGAUAGUGCUUCAUGAAGAUAAAAAAUAUUAUCCUUCCGCAGAAGAAGUGUAUGGCCCAGAUGUUGAGACUAUAGUUCAAGAAGAAGAUACUCAAGCAUUGACAGAACCUAUCAUUGCACCAGUUAAGCGAAAGAAAUUCGCAUAUGCAGAGCAGGAUCUUCCAAACACUAAAUACAAUUUAGAAUUUUUGGCUGAUUUAAUGGAUAAUACAGAUUUAAUACGGAAUGUUGCUUUGAUAGGCCAUCUUCAUCAUGGAAAGACAUCAUUUGUUGAUUGCUUGAUAGAGCAGACACAUCCUGAUAUGAAAGCUAGAGAAGGUUCAAAUCUGCGUUACACUGAUACACUGUAUACAGAACAAGAGCGUGGUGUGAGUAUUAAAGCUACUCCUGUGACAUUUGUGCUACCAGAUCUAAAGGGAAAAUCUUUUCUUAUGAAUGUUUUUGAUACGCCUGGUCAUGUAAAUUUUUCUGAUGAAGUAACUGCAGCAAUCAGGCUUUGCGAUGGGGUCAUUUUAUUUGUUGAUGCUGCUGAAGGAGUUAUGUUGAACACUGAGAGACUGCUGAAGCAUGCGGUACAGGAGAAGUUAGCAAUUUGUAUAUGUAUUAACAAAAUAGACAGACUUAUGCUAGAACUCAAGCUUCCACCUCAAGAUGCAUAUUAUAAGCUUCGACACAUCAUUGAAGAAAUAAAUGGUUUACUAAGUGUCUAUUCUGAUGAAAAAGAGAACAUCUCUGUAUCUCCUCUUCUUGGGAAUGUAUGUUUUGCAAGUUCUCAAUAUAGUUUGUGUUUUACAUUACGUUCAUUUGCUCACAUGUAUGCACAAACCUACGGCGGAAUCAGCGUUCCAGAUUUUGCCAAGCGUUUGUGGGGAGACAUCUACUUUAAUAGUAAAACGCGUAAAUUUACAAAGAAGCCUCCUCAUAGUUCAGUCCAGAGAAGUUUUGUGGAGUUCAUUUUAGAACCUUUGUAUAAAUUAUUUGCUCAGGUUGUUGGUGAUGUAGAUACCACUCUACCUCAACUGUUGGAUGAAUUAGCUAUAAAACUAACAAAAACUGAGAUGAAAUUGAAUGUUCGGCCUUUGCUACGCUUAAUUUGUUCGAAAUUUGUUGGAGAUUUUAAUGGUUUUGUUGAUAUGUGUGUACAUCAUGUACCAUCUCCAUCUGCAAAUGCAAAAUUAAAAAUUGGACACAUUUAUACUGGUCCACCUGGAAGUGAUUUAGCUGAUGCUAUGGCUGAAUGUGACCCUGAGGGUCCCUUAAUGGUUCACACAACCAAACAGUAUUCAACUCAAGAUGCAACUAGUUUUCAUGUGUUUGGUCGAGUUAUGAGUGGCACUUUGCAUGCUAAUCAAGAUGUUCGUAUUUUGGGUGAAACUUAUACUUCGACUGAUGAAGAAGAUUCUCGCAUUUUAACUGUUGGGCGCUUAUGGAUAUCUGAAGCCAGGUACAAGAUAGAAGUUAAUAGAGUUCCAGCAGGAAACUGGGUCCUGAUUGAAGGUAUAGAUCAACCUAUUGUGAAGACAGCUACUAUAGUUGACACAAAUGAAACUUCAGAAUUAUACAUUUUUCGACCUCUCAAAUUUAAUACAAAUUCUGUCAUCAAAAUUGCUGUGGAGCCUGUCAAUCCUUCUGAACUUCCUAAAAUGUUAGGUGGACUUAGAAAAGUUAAUAAAUCGUAUCCACUUUUAAGUACAAAGAUUGAGGAAUCUGGUGAGCACAUUAUUCUAGGAACAGGUGAAUUGUACUUAGACUGUGUAAUGCAUGAUUUAAGAAAGAUGUAUUCUGAAAUAGACAUAAAAGUGGCUGAUCCUGUAGUCUGCUUCUGUGAAACAGUAGUUGAAACUUCAUCUCUGAAAUGUUUCGCUGAAACUCCAAAUAAAAAGAAUAAAUUGACUAUGAUAGCAGAGCCGUUAGAAAAAGGUUUAGCAGAAGACAUUGAAAAUGAAGUUGUUCAGAUAAACUGGAACCGCAAAAGAUUGGGAGAGUUUUUUCAAAAUAAGUAUGAUUGGGAUUUACUGGCUGCUCGGUCUAUUUGGGCAUUUGGACCUGAUACCACAGGACCUAACAUUCUUGUUGAUGAUACUCUACCAUCUGAGGUUGAUAAAAGUUUGUUAAGUAUGGUAAAAGAUAGCAUUGUACAGGGUUUCCAGUGGGCAACUAGAGAAGGACCUUUAUGUGAAGAGCCUAUAAGGAAUGUCAAAUUUAAAAUCCUGGAUGCUGUAAUUGCUGGAGAACCUAUUCAUAGAGGAGGUGGUCAAAUCAUUCCAACUGCUAGAAGAGUAGCAUAUUCUGCUUUUCUUAUGGCCACACCUCGUCUUAUGGAGCCAUAUUAUUUUGUUGAAGUUCAAGCACCAGCAGAUUGUGUAUCUGCGGUGUACACUGUUCUGGCUAGGCGCAGGGGCCAUGUUACACAAGAUGCACCUGUCCCUGGCUCUCCUUUGUAUACAAUUAAGGCAUUUAUUCCUGCCAUAGACUCAUUUGGAUUUGAAACAGAUUUAAGAACACACACACAAGGACAAGCUUUCUGCUUAUCUGUGUUUCAUCACUGGCAGAUUGUACCAGGUGAUCCUCUAGACAAAGGCAUAGUUAUCCGACCUUUAGAACCUCAGCCAGCGGCACAUUUAGCUCGAGAAUUUAUGAUAAAGACACGGAGAAGAAAAGGUCUUAGUGAAGAUGUUAGUAUUAACAAAUUCUUCGAUGAUCCUAUGUUGUUGGAGCUGGCUCGUCAAGACGUCAUGUUAAACUAUCCAUUAUAAUAACAAUGCACUGAACUUUUCCAUUUUAUGUAAAUAAUAAUCAAAACAUCUUGUAUAAACAAUUUUAAUAAACAUUUCAAAUAAUUA